AUGGCCUCUGCAGGUGCAGCAAACUGCUCCGCCAUUACUCCUCCCGAGCAUGUCGUCUCCCCUUCUUCUUCGCAGCCCUUGGCGGCGGACUCAAGGGCGGUGAACUCGCCCAGUUCGCGAUCGGUUCUCAGUAAUCAAUCCCGUGUCGACGUCCAUGGCACCAGCGAAGGUUGCUACCUUGUGACUAUGGGCCUGUGUGCUCGCGUGCGGGCCAAGAACGCCCAGGUAGCAGCAGCUGUGGCGGCGGACGCUGCUGCAGGAGUCGCUACGGAGUCUGGCCAUUCAGAAGCUGCGAGAAUCGGGUCACUCUACAUUAGCGCUGUCCCCGCACAGAAGCACUCGCAAUAUCUCGACCACAAGUCCCGUGAGCCGCAGCGACAGCAGCAGCAGCAGGCCCCACAGUCUCCACAGCUCGCCUCUCCCCUUCGUGGGGUGCAGGCACACGUGCCGCAGCCGCCUCCUCCCUCUUUUUGCACCAUCCACCUCGAAAAUUCCCAUGCCUACGGUGCGGACAGUGCAGCUACAGAGGCCGUGAUCGGCGCGGUGGCCAGAGCAGCAGCAGCAGAAGUAUCCCUACCCCCAGCUGAGGUCAGCGCUGACAAUUCAUCGCGUUCAGGGGACCCCCCACAGAGCCCUGAUGGUCCCUCGCGAGAGAAAGAAUCAAGAGGAGUAGUGGGCGUCGAUUUGCCAGACUUAAAAAACAUACCACUGGCUAUCCGCGUGCCUCCUUAUGGAGAACAUUUGUUGUACGAAUUAAAGCAACUGCGGCAUUUCUGGAGGGUGGAUCUUCGCCAGCGAGACUGGCGGCAGGUUUUUGUUUGCUCGUACUUUCCCAACGCAAUCGAUCCUGCGUUUCUGACCCUUCUACGGAUCUUCUGCUGCAUUACAGUUCUGGUGCUGGAGUGCUUCGCGUCAAUUCAGGGGUACCGAGAAGUGGGCAAAGCCCAGAUGCUUUAUUUCACGAACUGGAACAGUCUGCUAGUUGCCGCCGGAUUCGUCUCCCUCACAAUCACCUCAGUAAUUGCGUGCAUGAGCUUCGCUGCCCCCCUGAGGCAGCGGUCGGACAGCACGAGCGACCCGCAGCACGAUCAGCAACAUAGGCGCCGCGUGCAGCUGCCACAUGAACAACAGCAUCACCAGCGGCAGAAGCAGCAAAAACAAGCGCAGUUUUUGAUGAAUCCGGUGGAGGAGACAUCGUCAACGUACUCCCUCAACUGCAGCCAGUCAAACUUUCCAAACACAAACUCGCGCGAAAGCAGCACUUGCAGUUUGGGUUUCUCUGCUCUGGAAUUUGUGGCUGUGGACGGCCGCCACCCGCGGCCAACGUACAGCAGCAGCAAAGCAGCAUUGUUACCGUGGCUGGUGCUGCAGCGGCAGCAUCUCCUGCAACAGCAACGACAGCCGCGAAACUCGCGGGUCCUCUGCCUUGUUCUCGAAGGAUAUAGAGACCUCAUGGCGGACAGCCGGUAUUGUGUUGAGGGGAUUUUGUUGGCCCCGAAUCCGAGCAACAGAUCCGUCUCUCGAACAUCUUCAGGCGUAGGAGAGACGGGCUCUCGGCUGCUUUUUUGUCGAAAGAGAAUCACUGACAGUCAACGCGGCAGCAGCUGCUCCCCACGGGUGUCCAUGCCCUCGCACACGCUCACGGCGUGGUCGUCAGGAGCAGCAGACAGCGGGCCCACCUGUUCUACAGGGAGCAGAAGUGCAGGAGAGCGUCCUGGAUUUUCAGGGUUGGAUGGCACGCCGAUAGAACCAGCAGAACAAGAGCCAAUAGCAAUAGCAUCGGCAGCGGCGACAGGAGCGGCAACAGCAAAAAGGGGAGCCUCCACGGCAGCAACACCGGUGGAAGUGCCAUGGUUCGUGAAGGUGACGUGGAUAGUCCACAACCUUCAGCUGGUGGCAUCGCUGGGCGUUGCUGCAGUUUUCUUUUCCCUUUUUAAAGCCGAAGACGUCCAGUUUCCAGGGUCAUGGGUUACGGUGUGGAAGCACGCGGUGCUGGUCCUCCUCACAUUGUUGCACGCGUCGCUCCUCUCUCGAAUACCCUGCCCCAUGAGACAUAUGGGCUACACUAUUAUCUUGUUUUUCUGUUACCUGGCCCUGCAGCUCUGUGUCUUUAUCUUCAAAGUUCCUAACGGGCAAGGAGGAGUCGGUUAUGUGUAUAAGGUGUUUUGCCUGUCCGAGCCGCUGAAGGCGAUGAUUGUGUUGGUGUCCAUUUUCCUUUGCUGCUUCCUCAUGCACCUUUUCCUGUGGUCUAUAUCACGCAAGCGUUGCUUGUACGUCGACCCACCUCCCUCAGUUUCGGUCACCGCGCUUCAGCUCAAGCGCAGCAUCAGGUAUGCUGCAGCAGCAGCAGCAGCUGCUGCUGCAGCGGAACAAAUGGCAAGCGAAUCCUCAGCAGCAGCAGCCAAUGCCGAAACGCUGCCCAAAGAGAGCCUGAUUCGCCUAAGCUUGCAACAGCACCCCUGCUGCAGCGAGCAGGCGUCCACUGGAAACCCGGACGGACGGCAAAGCGGCAGCAGCACGGGUCGAGACGGACAUCAACCCGACGACAAACGAGGUCAGCAACAAGUGCAGCCGCAAUGA